CCCGGGACCCGCUCGCUGCGAGCGCGCAGACUUCUCCGCGGGACUGAGGACGCCGCCCGCUCCGGGCCGCCCCUGUGCUCGCCUCCCGCGCUCGCACGGCCUACGGCCCCCAGCCGGGCCCCGCAUCCCGCCCGCCUUUGAGCGCACAGCUCCCGUCCCCGGGAGCCUGCCGGCCGACGGCGGACCCCGCGGCCCCGCCGCCGGCGGGCUGGGCGCCCUGCUCGCGGGGCACAGCGAGGGCGGUGGCCGGCUGGGGAUGGGCGGCACGGCGGCGCGGAGGGGCGCCGGGGGGCUCCGCGCGUUGCUCCUGGCUCUAGUGGCCGCGGGGACUCCCGCGGGCGCCUACAACUUGGACUCGCAGCGCCCCGUGCGCUUCCAGGGUCCCGCCGGUUCCUUCUUCGGCUACGCGGUGCUGGAGCAUUUCCACGACAACACGCGCUGGGUCCUCGUGGGUGCACCAAAGGCAGAUUCCAAAUACAGCACUUCAGUGAAGUCUCCUGGGGCUGUGUUUAAGUGCCGCAUCCACACCAACCCGGACCGGAGAUGCACCGAACUGGACAUGGCUCGAGGGAAGAAUCGGGGCAUGUCCUGUGGAAAGACCUGCCGGGAAGACCGGGAUGAUGAGUGGAUGGGGGUGAGCCUGGCCCGGCAGCCCAAGGCCGAUGGCCGUGUGCUGGCCUGCGCCCACCGCUGGAAGAACAUCUACUACGAAACAGACCAUAUCCUGCCCCACGGCUUCUGUUACAUCAUCCCGUCCAACCUCCAAGCCAAAGGCAGGACGCUGAUCCCUUGUUAUGAAGAAUAUAAGAAGAAGUACGGAGCGGAACAUGGCUCCUGCCAGGCUGGGAUAGCAGGCUUCUUCACCGAGGAGCUGGUGGUGAUGGGUGCCCCAGGGUCAUUUUAUUGGGCUGGGACGGUCAAAGUGCUGAACCUCACAGACAACACCUACUUCAAACUGAACGAUGACGCGAUCAUGAACAGGCGGUACACUUACCUGGGCUAUGCGGUUACCGCCGGCCACUUCUCUCACAUGUCCACCACUGACGUGGUGGGAGGCGCCCCACAGGACGAAGGCAUCGGAAAGGUUUAUAUUUUUAGAGCUGACCGAAGAUCAGGCACCUUAAUUAAGAUUUUUCAGGCAUCAGGGAAAAAGAUGGGCUCUUACUUCGGCUCCUCCUUAUGUGCAGUUGACCUGAACGCAGACGGCCUCUCUGACCUGCUGGUGGGGGCCCCCAUGUUUUCUGAGAUCAGGGACGAGGGGCAGGUCACCGUCUACAUCAACAGAGGAAACGGGGCCCUGGAGGAGCAGCUGGUCCUGAACGGGGACGGCGCCUACAACGCACACUUUGGAGAAAGCAUCGCCAGCCUGGGUGACCUUGAUGAUGAUGGUUUCCCAGAUGUGGCUAUUGGUGCACCCAAAGAAGACGACUUCUCCGGGGCAGUCUAUAUCUAUCAUGGUGACGCCGGUGGGAUAGUCCCUCAGUACUCAAUGAGACUGUCAGGGCAGAAGAUAAGUCCAGUUCUACGGAUGUUUGGGCAGUCCAUAUCAGGAGGAAUUGACAUGGAUGGAAAUGGCUAUCCUGAUGUAACUGUUGGAGCCUUCAUGUCCGACAGUGUUGUUCUUCUGAGAGCGAGACCCGUCAUUACGGUGGACGUCUCCAUCUUCCUUCCAGCCUCCAUCAACAUCACGGCGCCUCAGUGUCACGACGGACAGCAGCCUGUGAACUGCCUGAAUGUCACUGCCUGCUUCCGCUUCCACGGCAGGCACGUUCCUGGAGAAAUUGGCCUGAAUUAUGUUCUGACGGCUGAUGUGGCCAAAAAGGAAAAGAGCCAGUUGCCCAGGGUCUACUUUGUGUUGCUGGGAGAGUCCGUGGGUCAGGUCUCCGAGAAGCUGCAGCUGGUCCACAUGGAGGAGACGUGUCAUCACUAUGUGGCCCACGUGAAGCGGCGAGUGCAGGACGUCAUCAGUCCCAUCGUGUUCGAAGCCGCCUACAGCCUGGGUGAGCACGUGACUGGCGAGGAGCAGCGGGAGCUGCCGGCUCUGACACCAGUGCUCCGCUGGAAAAAGGGACAAAAGAUUGCGCAAAAGAAUCAGACUGUGUUCGAAAGGAAUUGCCGGUCCGAGGACUGUGCCGCCGACCUGCAGCUUCAAGGUCACCUGCUGCUGUCCAGCAUUGAUGAGAAAACCCCAUAUCUAGCUUUGGGGGCCGUGAAGAAUAUCUCCCUAAAUAUCUCCAUCUCCAAUCUCGGGGAUGAUGCCUAUGACGCCAACGUGUCCUUCAAUGUGUCCCGGGAGCUCUUCUUCAUCAAUAUGUGGCAGAAGGAGGAAAUGGGCAUUUCCUGUGAACUGCUGGAAUCAGACUUCCUCAAAUGCAGUGUGGGAUUUCCAUUCAUGAGGUCGAAGUCGAAGUAUGAAUUCAGUGUGAUCUUUGAUACAAGCCACCUGUCAGGGGAAGAGGAGGUUCUUAGCUUCAUCGUUACUGCUCAGAGCGGCAACGUGGAGCGCUCUGAAUCGCUGCAUGACAACAGCCUCACACUGACGGUGUCGCUGAUGCACGAAGUGGACACAUCCAUCACUGGAAUCAUGUCUCCAACCUCCUUUGUGUAUGGCGAGUCUGUGGACGCAUCCAACUUCAUUCAGCUGGAUGACCUGGAGUGUCAUUUCCAGCCUCUCAAUGUCACCCUUCAGGUCUAUAACACUGGGCCAAGCACCCUUCCUGGCUCAUCUGUCAGCAUCUCUUUCCCCAAUCGACUCUCCUCUGGAGGUGCAGAGAUGUUUCACGUCCAGGAGAUGGUGGUGGGCCAAGAGAAGGGAAACUGUUCUUUCCAGAAAAACCCAACCCCCUGCAUCAUCCCUCAAGAACAAGAAAAUAUCUUCCAUACUAUAUUUGCUUUUUUCACAAAGUCUGGAAGAAAAGUCUUGGACUGUGAAAAACCAGGAAUGUCUUGCCUAACAAUGCAUUGUAACCUGAGUGCACUUGCUAAAGAAGAAAGUCGUAGUAUAGACAUUUACAUGCUGCUGAACACAGAAAUAUUGAAGAAGGACAGUUCAUCUGUCAUUCAGUUCAUGACCCGUGCCCAAGUGAAGGUGGACCCUGCCCUGAGAGUGGUGGAAAUAGCCAAUGGGAACCCAGAAGAGAUGUCGGUGGUCUUCGAGGCUUUGCACAACCUGGAGCCCCGUGGCUACGUCGUGGGUUGGAUCAUUGCCAUAAGUCUGCUGGUGGGAAUCCUCAUCUUCCUGUUGCUGGCUGUGCUGCUCUGGAAGAUGGGCUUCUUUCGCCGAAGGUACAAAGAAAUUAUCGAAGCUGAGAAGAACCGGAAAGAGAACGAAGAUGGUUGGGACUGGGUCCAGAAAAGCCAGUGACCUGCCACACCAGUCACGUGACCCACUCAUUUCACCUGUCGUCCUUGAUCUUUGUAUCUUCCAUAUUUGGAAGAAAGAAUCUUCUCCAGAUUUUUCGGAGGCCCCACUGAUGCUGUUCUCAUCCUCAUUCUGUCAAGCCCAGGCGCCAACCUGAGGCAGCCACUUUGGCCCGGUCACAUGACUGGAGCCACCACCACUUCCUUUGAAGGAUGAACUCUGAACUUUGGAAAGCAAGCUACAGAGCCGAGCAAUAUUUAUGGAUGCAACAUGCGUGGUCAACCCUCAGGGGAAAACUGUUACCUAAAAGUAUUUUUAUAAAUAUAAGCCUUUUAUACUGAUUAUGUCUUUAUAUUUGUAUCGAUGUUUUAUUAUUUCUAUUAAAUAGUUAUAUAAUUCACUCAAGCACUGAUAUCUGGCCUGAAAUCUUGGAAACACAUCUACAUUCAUAUAAAUUUUAAAGGAUAAAAAUCUUACAGUUCUUUGGAACUUGCUGUUAAAAUAGACUUGCAGAAAAAAUACUCUGAAGAAACCUCAUGUAAUGAAUCCACCCAACUGGCAGUGCUGCAUAUAAACUGUGGUUGUGACAGGACCCCUAAGACAUUUCACACCCUUACUGCCUGGAGUCAAGUUUGAACUAAUGUGCUAAAGAACUGUGAGUUUUUUCAUAUGUACCUUUCAUUGGAAGAUUCCCAACAGGAUGGAAACACCUGAUUCCUCACAACAAGUCUGCUCUGCAUCACCUCUACACAGCAGACACCUCACCCUCCUUCCCCCUGGAUUAAUACAAGAGAGCUUGGAGCAACGCCAGUCGGUCAUCUGGUAAACCUCAGAAUGGCAUCUCAUCCUGGACAUCAUGCAUCAGAGUCCACAUACCACAAGGACUAAAUCAGUGCCCACCGAGCAAAGACUUGUGUCUGAAUGCUGUGAUAUGUUGCCUUUUCAUGGUCAUUUGAGUUCAGAGGUCUCCAUUUCCCCAUCACUCUUGCUGUCCCUGUGACUGGUAAUUGCAGAUUCCUUCCCAGAUGUGGCCAUUCAACCUGUUCUUAUUUUGUUUGUUUGUUUUUUAAUUGGGGAACAUUGGGGAACAGUGUUUUUCCAGGACCCAUCACCUCCAAGUCAAGUCGUUUUUUUCAAUCUAGUUGUGGAAGGCACAGCUCACUGGCCCAUGUGGGAAUCGAACCGACGACCUGGGUGCUAUGAGCACUGCGCUCUAACCAACUGAGCCAACUGGCCACCCAACCUGUUCUUGUUUUUUAAAAUAGUGUUUUCAGUAGGUUCCCCAAAAAGCAGACCCCAAGACAAGGAUCUGCAUACAAAUAACUUAUUAAGGAAGUGUUCCCAGGGGACACCAGUAAGGGAGUGAGGGAUGCAGGACAGGGAAGGAAGGAAGCCAGGUGAGGGUGCCAUUUCAGAGAAUGUCCUAUGGAGGUCGCUUCAGCCUGACCCUGCAGGGGAGCUCUGGAGGGUAAGUUAGUCUCAGAGUUCCCUAACCUGAGGCAAGGGAGCUAAAUUUUCAGAUUCUUGCAUCCUGGGGAGAUGUAAACUUUCUGCUCUCAGUUCUUCCUGAUAAAAUGGCUCCAGUAGCUCAGGGGUAGUCCUCUAAAAGAGAGCUCCAGGUAUACCCCCAACCUGGGGAGGCAUCCCGAAAUGAUGCAGAGGGAUCGGGGCAUAGCCCCAGCAUCCUCCCCAACCCCAUAUGUAUGAAUGAUGAAUCAUGGCCUUCAGUAUCCAAGCUUUCUAUGUGGCAGUGUUUAUUACCAGAGGCACUGUGCUGCCCAGUUUUGAGCGCAUUGUGACUUUCUAAAAGGACAAUGAGAUGAUGGCUGUAGCCUACUCAGCACUGUACCUCGGGACAGUGAACGAACACUCAAUAACUGUUAGCAGCUAUGGCUGUUGUUACCACUGCCGGAUAACCCUCUAAUAAGAAAAAAACACGUGGCUCAGAGCAGGGGCUGACAGAGUCCUUCGUGGCUGAUUGGAACCUGCUGACUCCCUGGGUACCUACAGAUGGCAUCAAAUGGGAAUGAA